AAGAACUACUUCACGAUGAAAUCUGUUUUAGUAACUGGUGCAAACAGAGGCUUAGGCUAUGGAAUGGUAAAAUAUCUACUCAAAAACAGUAAAGUAGAAAAUGUCUUCGCAACCUGUCGCAAUGUUUCAGAGGAACUCAAGUCAUUUUCUCAUGAACAUAAGAAACUACACAUAUUGACGUUAGAUGUAACAAACUACGAAACAUUAGAUGAUGUAGCUAUGCAAAUAAAAAAAGUUGUAGGAGACCGUGGUCUCAACGUAUUGAUAAACAACGCUGGGGUGAGCACACGAUUCACUAAACUGAAUCUAGUAAAAGCAGAUCAGCUUUUGGAAAAUCUUACGGUUAAUACAAUCGCACCAAUUUUACUUACUAAGGCCUUGGUUCCAUUAUUAAGACAAGCAGCGGUAACCAAUUCUGCUGAACCCGUUGGAGCACAAAAAGCUGCGGUUAUUAACAUGAGCUCAAUUUUAGGAUCCAUAGCUCAAAAUGACCAAGGUGGUUUCUAUCCAUACAGAUGUUCAAAGGCAGCUUUAAAUGCAGCAACCAAAUCUAUGAGUAUUGACCUAAAGAAAGACGAAAUUCUUGUUGCUUCUAUACACCCAGGGUGGGUCAAAACCGACAUGGGUGGUAAAAAUGCACCUCUCGAUGUUGAUACGAGCGUUUCGGGCAUCUUUAAAACCAUCGACAAUUUAAGUGAGAAAGACACUGGAAAAUUCUUUCAAUAUGAUGGCUCCGAGUUGCCAUGGUAAUGGAAUAUUUGCGGAAAUUCGAGGAAAAGUACAAUAUAAUAUGUCAUAACUUUCUUUACGGUGUCUUUUCUUAUUGUUUAAAAAAUAAUAUAUAUUCUUUGGUAUACUUUCAUUUCAGAUGUGAAUUAUCUUAGAAUUAUUUUAAAUGUACCUCUUGUGUUAAAAGCAAAAAGCUUACUUACCCUCCCAAAGAGGUUUUAUUGUUUCUUUUAUUAUUGCUGCAUGGACAGUUAAAUUAGGAUGCGUAUUUCCUGUAACCAGACAAAUUAGAAGUCAGACGAGAUAAACUCGUCAGACAAGAAAUGGUACAUAUUUCAAUAAAGAAUAUAAAUGCGCAUUUA